CUCCUCGGUCACAGAGAGACAGAAGCCUCACUCAUUGAUACUCGCAGACUUUGAGGAACUGAAGAAGGGUAGAGCGACACAUACACCGUCAUAAACACAGUGGGCUGUGAGCUGGGAUGGUGGCGGAGGAGAUUGUGGUCUCCCUCUCAGGAGGAGCUCCGUGGGGCUUCAGACUGCAGGGAGGAGCGGAGCAGGAAAACCCUCUACAGGUGGCAAAGGUACGCAGGCGCAGCAAAGCCUGCAGAGCUGGACUGAAAGAGCAUGAUGAGCUGGUUGCCAUUGGCGACCAUGUGUGUGCAGAGCUCAGUCAUGCUCAGGCCAUGAGCCUCAUAGAUUCUCAGAGCGCAACACUCAGCCUGAGGGUGAAAAGGGCCCACUCUGGAUUCCACUCCUCAUCUUACUCUGGUCACUCUGCAUCACCCCGCACCUCCAUGAGGGUCCUGUCUCCUCCUGUGGCCCCCUUGUCCUCCCACCAUCCCUCCAUCCUCUCCUCCACCGGGAUACCCAAGGGCAUAACUUCCCCUCCAGACAGCGAGGCCUACUACGGAGAAACAGACAGUGACGCAGACACGCAGUCGCUCACUUACCGCCGUCAACGCCGCACGCCUCCUCAUGCACGCUCACCUGCGCGCUAUGACAACCAGGAAGAGGAGGAGACCUCAGAGAUGAGCGGGUAUGAGAGUGCCACAGAUGCGGGGGUUUCCCUGCAGGUGCAAUGGGAUAGUCAGUGUUUGAUUGGAGUCCCUCGCAGAGAGCUGAUCUACCAGACCCCCCAGACAGAGUGGACCACUCCGGUACACACCCCGCACACCCUGACCCCUCACACACUCACCCCGACCCCGGAUCAGGGGCUGGUGGAAGCGGAGGGUGAGGGUGACAGUGGCUUCCAGGAGGCAGGGGGCUGCAUGGGGCUCACCUGCGUGCCCCUGGUGUCACCUGAGAGGGCGAAAGAGGCUCUGAUGUUGGGCUCCAGUAAACAGCUGGUGCCCAUGGUGGGGCUGCAGCAGACCCCCGUCAGUGAUGAGCUCUCCACCACCUACAUGGACAAAGCACGGCAAGCCAAGCUGCAGCGUGGGGAGAGUUUGGUGGAGAAGCAGGUGAAAGAAGCUCGUACCAAAUGCCGCUCUAUUGCCUCUUUGCUGACUGAUGCUCCCAACCCCAACUCAAAAGGGGUUCUUAUGUUCAAGAAGCGCCGGCAGAGGGCCAAGAAGUACACACUGACCUGCUUUGGCAAAGCCGAGGGAGAUAGAGGAGGGGAGACCGAGGGGGAUACAGGAGGGGAGACGGAGGAGGAAGGAGGAAGUUCCAUCCUAAGUGGCUCGGAAGUGGAUGAAGAGGGAUUUUCAGCAUCAUUUGACCCCACGUGGGAUUCUGGAUAUCUGGAUCUGCUGGACAGGAGAAGUUCUGCCUGCCCGUCAACCACAGCAACUACUCCAACAACACCAAAAGCCAAUCACAGCCCAGGGUUGGAAAUCUCAGCCUAUCAGACUCCAGGCCUUGUGUCCCCUGUCAGUCAAACCCCAGGGUUGGAGGGCUCAGUGCAAGAGAGCUCACCCUGUCAGGGUUCAAGGCUGGAGAGCAGCAUCACAAAGCCGCCAACUAGCAACUACCCAGCCCACAUGUCUCCUCCAGCUGUGGCUCAAACCAAUGGAGGGUCAGUAGCUGUUAGUCGGGCAAGCGUUGUUCUGAGUGCACCCUCUCAGACUCCACUUCCAAGUCAAAAUGGUCAACACGGUUCGACCCCGAACCUAAGUCCGAGCCUUGUCACAGACUCAGACCAUCACCUGAACAACUUUGGUUCUAAUCCAAAUGUUUUGAACCGCACCGCACGACCUUUCACCCCUGGCCCGACCCCUUCUCGUGCAUCUGUAACCUCUGUCAUGUUUCGCCCUCCCCAAUCCAAACCCACAAACAUGACCAUGGAAACCAAACCUGUGGCGGCAGUCUCCAUGGUUACUAUACCGCCUACUCGUCAUACAUCAGGGCCAGAUGCGAGAAGAGCAGUGUCUAGCACCUCUCUGUACAUCCCUCCAAGAAAUAAUAACACUCACCCCUCUGUUAACUCCCAUCCCUCAGCUUGCUCGCCUCCCUUCUCUCUGUCUUCUGCACCUUUCUCCCAGCCCCCAGCAAAUGCACACACAUUUUCUCCUCAGCCGGCAGUGCAUGCUUCCCCCGCCACCGCUCUGUCUCCACCUGUAGCCAAAGGAAGCCCAGUCUUUCCAUCACCUGCUCAAACCUUCUCCCCUCCAGCUCCACUUCCAUAUCCCUCUACUCCUGCUCAGACUUACACACCUCCCUCUGCAUGUCUUCCUGCUUUUCCCGUCUCCCCGCAAUAUGCCCCUGACCCAAAUCAAAUCUCUUUCAAUGCCCAGAACACCCAUCAUCCUGCUCCCAUCCAGCCUAGUCCAUCUCCAUCUGUUGACCCUUACCUCAACACGUCAGGUGCAAUGACUCCCAACCCCCAUGUUGCUAUGUCAACGGCUUCACCUCCACAAGCUUCUGCCUCUGAUUCACUUGCAACACGGGAGCAACGCAUCUCUGUCCCCGCUGCUCGCACUGGCAUCCUGCAUGAUGCCCGUCGUCGUAGCAACAACAAGCCGAUGUUUUGCGCAGUCCAGAACAAAGAUGUUAAUCCAAACCCGGAUUUGCUAUCAAUGGUCCAGAACAUGGAUGACCACUUCGGGAAAGCCCCAGGUACUGAAUCUGUUGUUCCGCCCAGUGGGGAGACUGGGCACGAGUCAGGGCCUGAGGAGGACUGGCUGAGACUAGGGGCAGAGGCCUGCAACUUCAUGCAGGCUCAGCGAGGACCCAGGCCACCCCCUGUGGCUCCAAAACCGCAAGCUCCUCCGAUGCCACAGCUGGCAGGGAAGGGCGGGCAACUGUUUGCCCGCAGACAAAGCAGGAUGGAUCGAUAUGUUGUGGAACGAUCUCCCUCUGUUGCUGCAGCACCUUACUCUCCUGCCCAGACAAGGGAGCCCUCACCCACGCCUUCUCUCCCUGCCACCUGGAAGUACUCAUCCAGCAUCCGAGCUCCGCCUCCCAUCAGCUACAACCCCCUCCUCUCACCCUCAUGCCCUCUGAAGGCCCAGAAGAAGCCAGAGGUAAAAAAGUGUGGGCCAGCUGGGUCGAAAGGGAAGAAAGCAGGCAUCAAACCUGUGGACAUCAUGAGCCACCAGCCCUAUCAGCUCAACUCCUCCCUGUUCAGCUAUGGGAGUGGGGUUCCCCAGGACACAUCAACCUAUCAGCAGCAGCGAGGAAUGACAGGUGGUCCUCAGAAAACAGCACGAAUAUACGAGGUGAAGCGCUUCUCCACGCCCCCACCGACAUCCACAGGACCUGCCCUCAAAGUUAUCGUCCCUCGAUCCGCUACGACACUCGGAGAACCGCUGUGGCACUCUGAUGUCACUUAUCCACCCACAGCUGGUCCCACCUCCUACCAACCCUAUCAGCCUCCACCCCAACCUUACCAACAUCAGUGGGCCACCGGCCCUCUGUCUCCCCCGCCGCCUCCUGCCCCCACCGCCCCGCUCCCUCAUCUCCCCACCUUCUCCUAUUCUCCAGCUCCAAACCCGGUUCAGUCCAGCACUUUCUCCCACCUCCAGCCCUCCAACGCUGCACAGGCCAGCAGGGAGUUCAAGAGCGCCCCAGAUCUUAGUCCCCUGAGUCCCACUGAAGCCUCUCAGCCAGCCCUCAGCAGCGCUUUGCCUGCCAGGGUACCGAGGCCCAGGUUCAGCACUUCCAACCUGGGCCUGCAGCCUAGCGUCUGGCGCCCUGGAUCCACCAUGCACUGACCUGAUUUUGGUCUGGACACAGGAAACCUGCAGGGCUCUAUAGGGAGCCAGAAGUGUUUUUAGUAGUGCCAUAUUUGUAUUCAUUGAUUUUAUCACCUUUUAUCUCAAGACCUGUUUGGAUUGGCCACACCUGUAGCACAUAUUGUAACUGACAUUUACUCUUUUAACAAAUUUCAUCUGGCUCCUUUAUCCAAUGCAUUUGGUUAAAUAUAAAGGGAACAAUGUGUUAUGAAAAAGAAAAUGUGGGAAAGAUAAAAAAAAGAAAAAUGGAGAUCAGUACAGAUUGAAAAGCUAGGAAGAGAUGCUCAAGAGAGUUUUGUAAAUAUUGUAUUGAAUGAUUAAAGAAUUGUGUUUUAGCAUAAAAAAGAAGAAUCGCGGAUGUGAAGAGACAAGACUGAUAGAAGAGAGGUAUAGUCGAGGAUGGGAAAAAAAUGAAAAGGCACUGAUGAAGUGACAUAAAAGAAACAUUAAUACCUGAUAAGUACAGAUAUGACUAAUCUGUAAACAUCCUGCAGUACAGUAUCAUAUGAAAACAUUUGUACUAACACAUUUGACAUGACUUCUGUAAUCCCCUCACUGUAAUAUAUAUUCUAAGUAUGUGUGUUUGAUAACAGAGUGUAUUUUUUUUCUAGUUGCAGAGAGCAGCGGUGUGAGCUUUGUUUUCUGUAGAUUUUAAUAGAGUGAAGCUGUCUCUUACAGUAGAUUUGAUUUCUGAUCUGCUGAUGUGGAACAAGAAAAGUAUAACGUGUCUGUUUAGCUGUGAUUCUUUUACAAGGAGACAUGCAGCUGAAUAAAAAUAGACAUGACUCACCUCA